AUGUCUCGGAACAGCAGUGAAAGAGACGGCGGUAGCAAUAGUGCUUCUCAAAGCCCUAUCGCCUGUGAGAGUUGCCGGCAAAGGAAGCGGAGGUGUGACAGAAAGCUGCCAUUCUGUCUCCAAUGCAGUCACGAACCCGGUAGAUGUCAGUAUCCGGAGCAAAGCAAGAGAGGAAUUCCUAAUGGAUACCUGAACAAACUCGAAACUCGUCUCGCAGAAACCGAGGCCGCUCUGUUCAAAGUUCUUUCCGGGGCCCUAGACAGCCAUGCUUACGACCCAGCAUUUUCUCCUGCUCUCCUCUCACAAUCAGCGUGGACACCGAGACAGAAUAAAGUCGACCGCGUCAAAGAGUGGGAGAAUCUUCCGCUACAGUCUUCUAACGACAUCCAAGCAUGGUUUCGCUUCAAGGCCACCGAAGGCAAUGAUACGGCCACUGACUUGCCGGCCGCAAGCCCACAGUCGUUGAUCUCGUCUAUAUCAGAUCAGCUCGUCGUCCCUCAACCUUCGAGAGAGCAGGGGCCUACAUCGAAUCCUCAAGCUGUUGUCGAUAUCCCUAUUGAGCCACAAUUCAUUGAGCCCAUGACGCCGAUCAACACAACUCAGGAUGUCAACAGAGCCGUACCUGACAGCCAUAGCAAAGCGAAAGAGUUGUCAAAGUCGCAACAGAACCUCUACUUUUGA